AUGUCGCUAUCGAACCUUCCGACCGAACUCUUGCAGAUUAUCGUCAACUUUUGCGGCCCCGACUUGAGCGGUCUGGCAAGAACCAAUAAGCGACUUCACAACAUCACAAAUCCGAUCCUAUGGCGCCUGGGCAUCGAUGAUGCUGAAUCCUUCACCGAGAUGACUGCUCGCGCAGCAGCGGCCGGCAACCUACAAAUGCUCAAAAGAGCGGCAUUUUUUGGGGCAGAUCUCCAUGUCAUCCAUCCCGUUCCCAUGCUAGAUGAGAUGCGUUACGAGACUUCUCUUUGCCAAUUCUCGGAAGAAGAAUACAAAUACGUGAACUGGGCAGCUCCGCUUCACCUCGCCGUCUAUCACGGGUUUUACGAAAUGGUCGACUGGCUGAUAUCACAUGGAGUGGAUAUUGAAACACCCGGUCACCUACUUUGCCGCUGCAAGGGAAUCGAGGAUUAUGAGAAAGAACCCUUUAUUGAAAAUCAUCCUUGCUGGACUUCCCUACACUUCGCCAUCUGUCGGAAUCAAGACGCCAUAGCCAGACUACUGCUUCGCGAAGGCGCAUCAACGGACACCAUGAUCGACAUCCGCGACAUCGAUUUUGACCGGAUUGUUAACCAGUCACUGCAACAACGAGUCGACCAGCUUGUUGAGUUUGACUGGCAUUGUACAUGCAACUGCGGGUCAGGAAGCGUCACAGCUUUGCAUACUGCGUCGGAAUUGGGACAAAGAUCACUCGUCGAACACAUGGUUCGGGAUCGGCAGGUCGACAUCAACAAACCCGAUAGCGACGGUUGCACGGCAAUUUUCUACGCCAUGCUGUCUUCCGAUCAAGGCAUGAUUGCUCAUCUCGCCAAUCUGGGAGCAGACCUGAAUUAUGGCGGCCGCAAUCGGUGGGCAAAUUUGACUGAGACGCCUCUGGGAUGGGCUAUGAUGAAAGGACUUUAUAAGUCUGCUGGCCAUCUUCUGGAACUGGGGGCCAGUACAUGGUAUGGCGAGCCCGGCAGGCGCAAGUCGUCAUUGAUCAGUGGACGGUUCGUCGAUCACUACGGACUCAGUUGGGGCUCGUAUUCUGGAGAAGACAACUUUCCGAGCCAUUGGGGCCAUCUUGAAUCUCCCCAACUCUUCCACAACGGCCCACAGGAGAAGGCGAACGCAAUUGUGAAGGUUCUUCGACAUGCGAUCAUGAGCUAUGAGUCAGACGAAGACGAACACAAAUCUCUCAGAACGCAGAUCCAAAGCGCGAUUGCGGAUUUUAUCCUGGACAGAAUCACCAAAACCAAACACCUCAAAGAGCUUUUCAACUGCCAGUAUCCCUUCAACAACGACGAAUUGGUAGCCCUGGGAUUUGAAGCAUUGAAUAGACUUGUCAUGUCCAUAUGCUGGUCACCUCAACCCGAGAAGAUUUGGUUUCUUCUACAUCUUGGGGUGAAUCCAAGGAAUGGCAAUGUGUCCUGCCUUCACGAGUUAUUGGUGUCCCUUCAGAAGGUUCUGAAGAGAUUUGGAAACUACAGACCCUACUACAGAGAGAUUCACGUUACUCGCAUGGUUGAUCUGGUCACUUAUCUGACAGAGCAUGAACAAUGGGACUCAGUAUCAAAAGCGGACAUGGCGGCGCUUUGCAGCAUCUGCGUCAAGGUAUUGGAGACAGACUGGGGCCGAUUUAAGUUUCUUAAACAACAGUUGAGGGACUCGUUGGAUGAGAAUCUGCCACAAGAGCUCCAGCUCACAAUUGUACGGGGGAUUAGUUGGCAAAGGUAA